GUGGUUUGGUCAGAUUUAGGUCGCUCAUUACUUAUUGAUUCACUUACAUGAUAGUCUUUGUGCCAGCUCUCCAGCUUAUCCUGUAAGACGCUGAAGGAAGAUGUAUUGGUCAGCCUCCUCAAUGUGUCCGCCAUGUCCGUCCUCGAUCACUUUAAUAAUAAUCGGAGGGUUCAAAAUGCCUCCAGGAGGAGAGCACAGCCAGCCGGAGGAGGGGUGUAGUAAAAAAUUCCUCACCGAUGCAAAGCAGCAGCUGCAGUUGUGGCAACCGAGUGAGGAGGCGAGCACGACAACCAAGCUUAUAAAGACAUGCCACGCUGCCAUUGCCCACACUAAUACAGAGAGCUCCAACGGGCCGGGGAAGAAGUCCAUGCGAGAGAAGGCGAUAGAGAGACGUAACAUCAACAAGGAACACAACAGUAACUUUAAAGCAGGUUAUGUUCCCAUAGAAGAAGAACGCCUUCAUAAGACGGGGCUGAGAGGACGCAAGGGGAACAUGGCUGUCUGCAUCGUCGUCCUCCUCUUCCUCCUCGCCUUAAUUAAUCUCAUUAUCACGCUGGUGAUAUGGACGGUGAUACGAAUCGGUCCGAACGGUUGUGACAGUAUGGAGUUCUUUGAAAACGGCCUCCUGCGCUUCAAACAGAAGGCCGACAUGGGCAUCGUUCACCCUCUGCACAAGAGCACAGUGGGAGGCCGCAAAGACCAGGACCUCCUCCUCGUGGGAAACAACAACCCAGUCGUGUUCCAGCAGGGCACCACUAAGCUGAGCGUCGAGAAGGACAAGACCUCUGUAGUCAGCGACGUCGGCAUAUCCUUCACAGACCCUCGCACACAGUCCACCUUCUUCAGCACGGACUUUGAGAACCACGAGUUCCACCUGCCCAAAGGAGUCAAAGUUCUCAGCGUGAAGAAGGCGUCCACAGAGAGGAUCACCAGCAGUGCAGCUUCUGACCUGAACAUUAAAGGAGACGGGAAAGCCAUCAUCCGAGGAAACGAGGGCGUCAACAUCAUGGGCCGGACUGUGGAGUUCAAAAUGGGAGGAGGCAUCGAGCUCAGAGCUGAGAACAGCAUCGUCCUCAACGGAUCCGUCAUGUUCAACGCCACGCGCAUCCCUAACUCUGCAGGAGAUGUGUAUUUUGAUGAAGGCUUGGAGAGGUACAAACUCUGCAUGUGUGCAGACGGGACUCUGUUCCGUGUGCAGGUCAAAUAUCCCAACAUGGGCUGCCAGACCUCAGACAACCCCUGUAGGAGAACUGGCUAGGAGACCUCUGCUGUUACAUCUAUCUACAAUCCGUCACCACUGAAGUCAGAUUACACGUUUUGCUUUGAUACAACAUUCAUCAUGACGUGCACAUAAUAAUACCUCUGCAGCUCACCUGACAUGUUUCUGUCUAAUACUGUUUGCCAAACUGGAAUAAGUGCUGAAGUAUUUCUCUUUCAUUGUUGCCAACUUUAUCUGAAAUGCCACAUCAGUGCAGACACUCCUGUAUUUAUCAUUAUGCUGAACUUUAGAUGAGGCCUGCACAAUAUUUCAGCCAAUCACACAUAAUGAUUUAUGUCCUGCUGCCUGAUUUUCAGAGUACAUCAAAUCUCUCCAUGUUGUACCUUUAAGGUGUGUUCAGACCAAACAUGGGUUCAAUCAGUCGACAAAAUCACAAAUCAGGUCAACGUUAAGAAGCACAUUUAUGACGGUUCACCAAUUUUGCAACACCAAAUGCAAAUCAUCCAGAUUCACUUGAUACUGUGUUGUGAUCAGCACUCAUGUUUCCCUGGCGUCCUUGAAUGCAUCAAAGUUGAGUAGCGUUUUAAAAGCUGUCUGCUUCUCCUCGUGCAGACAAACCCGACAAAGCUUCUCACCUUUUACAAAACUGCCUCAUGAUGUUAUUAUUUUUGUUUCAGUCCUUUUAUUUCCCUUAUAUCAAAAGAAAAGCUGGUAAAUCAGGUUCAUACUACUGCAGUAAAGGACAGUGCAGCCUCAGUGUAACUUACUGUUUACAGUGAAACUGAGACUCACCCUAAGAAAACAAAGAACAAGCGCUCAUAGGAUGAAACGGAACAUAAAAAGUUUGUUUCUUUUACAUAAAUCUCCCCCAUGGGACGUACUGACUCGAGGUAUGGUGACGUUUUUGUGCUGUCAGGGAUACACAUAAAUGAGGUUCAAAUUUGUGCAAGCAAUGUGUUGCAAAUAUGUUAUUUUCUUUUGGUCUGAAGACAUCUUUACGCAUUGUGAUAACCCACAGACAUACAACACUAGGCUUUUAAACCUUAUACAUUCACCAGGAAAAAUUCAAUACUAACUUUUAAACAUAUUAAAGGUGACAUAUUAUGCUCUUUUUCAUCAAAAUAUAUUGGUCUAAGAGGUCCCCAAAACAUGUCUUUAAAGUUUAUUGCUCAAAAAAACACUUUGAAAUCAGAUUUUGGCAUGACUGUAAACCCCUCUUUUUCAGCCCUGCUCAGAACAGGCUGUUUUCUGUGUCUGUGCCUUUAAAUGAGAAUGAGCUCUCUGACCACGCCCCCUCAGGAAGUGGAUGUGGCCUCGGUUCUCCAUGUUGGCUGCAUAGACAUGGCUGCUCACAGGCCUGCGUUACUUCAGCCCUCUGAAUCUGAUCCAGAAUCUGAUCCUGACGGAGAGGCGCCUGCAGCAGGACCUUUCUGAACCAUUGGUCACAGAUUUUGUGUUUCUUGUUGUUUUAUUUGUCAGCAUGUCGACGUGUGUCUUGGUACACAGCGAUAACCAUGUAGCUAUGUGGCUAUGCUAACUAGCGCUAGCACUUUUCCAUGAAAAAUAAAAAUCAUCCACUAGAUCUUCAAAUCUGCAGACGUGGGGAGUAAAACCGACCUUAUUAAGCCUUUAUUAAGACAGCCUACAACUAGCAUGCCUCCCUCCUAAGCUCCUUGUUAGCACACAUGUGUGCAGGUAAUGAAAAAUGGAGGAGGGGUUGAGGGCUGAUCAAGCUCCGAGCUCUGACUUCCGUUACAGACCGGAUGACGUUGUGAUGUAUGAAAAACACUGAAAACUGAAACGGCUUGUUUCAGCACACAUUUACAGAAAGGUGGAGAAAUCAGAACAGGGGCAGAAUGGAUUUUUUUCAUUUUCGGGGGGUUUGUAGACAUGCCAGGGACACAUAUUUCAGGUAGAGAACCAUUAAAAAGUCCAUUUUGCAUGAUAUGUCACCUUUAAAGAGCAUUUUCUUGGAGGGAGCCCCCUGGCGGUCAAAUCAUGCUCUGUGCACAGACUGAAGUCCUUGAAGCAGGCAGCCGCAGGUUCGAUUUCAGUCUGUGGCGGCAUGUCAUUCCCUUCUCACUCUUAUCUAUCCACUGUCCUGUCCCCCGUAAGCACAUUCAAAGUGUCUUUGAAUUGCCCUGUCGAUGCACAGAAAUCGUUACAGCUAAUGGCAGUAUUAAAUCUCACGGCCUCUAUCAGCCAAUGUGCCGAUGACGUGCCGAUACUAUCAUGCGCCCCUCAUUAACGAUGCUCAUUAACAGCGUUUAGAAGCUUUACUUUUUACUGUCUGCCUUACCGUCCAGUAUUAUGAACAUAUGAACCUUGCUGAGGUAUUUUACCAGAUUUCAUCAAUCCGGCAGCUGUGUUUGAUAUUUUCUUUGUUGCGUUCACUGAGCUUACAACACUAAAAGAUUAUAAUGAUUUAUGUGAUAUGACAAACACAAGGUACAUUUUAAGCUAACAGUAGAGAAGGUCUGGUUCUUUCUUUCAUGCACGUGCCAAUGGAUUUACAAGGGAUGAUGAAGAAUAUAAUAUAUUUGAAUAUUCUUAUUUUGUUGCCAAACCUUUUUUUUAAAGCAUACAGUGAAAUCUAGAAAACUAAAGGAGUGUGUGCACUACAUAUAAAUGCAGUUUUCAGUAAGAGUUCAAGAUUUUGGACGGAGCUUGGUUUGGAUUUUGUGCAAUAUAUUAUCAAAGAUAUGACUCUUAUUUUGCUUUGGGUUGUCCUGUUUGUUUAUAAAGCUGAUGUUGAGCAAUUUCAUGAUGUAAAUGUUCUCAUUUUUACAGAAGAAUAUAUCAGAGACAGGUUUCAGAAACAAAGAGGAGGAAGAUUAUUUUGCAUUUUGAGAUUGAAGGGGAAACGUUGAGGAUGAAUUUAACAUUAUUUAUGUGAGUCACAAGAACGUUUUUGUGUUCUAACUUUAUUCUCAUAUUAUUCUCUUUGAAUUAUUUUUCUGAUGCGUGACACUAUUACUCAAGGUCGAGCUUAAUUCUCAGUAUUUCAACUUAAUUUCUAAAAAUGUUUGACUUUUUCAAAAUAUAAAGUUAUCCCAUUAGUUCUCCUCUAAACUCUCAGACCUGUGGAGAGAGACUGAAUCAUGUUUUUGUUGAAUCCAAUGAAAUAUCAGGAAAUUAAAAGACUCAGCCUAUAGUAUAAAAAAAGUGGCCAACAUGUCAUUGCUGUUUGUUUUAAUAAAGAAACAUGUUGCUAUGUGAAA